AGAAGGAAGACGUCGCCCUUGAACUUGUGAUGGCGUGAAAUUGGCGGGAGGUGGGUCAGCGAUGCGGACUGCGUCCCGGCAAGACGGGACACGCGAUGCUGGGCCAAUAAGAACGCGGCGCAAUGCCAGGUCGGAUCUGGGGACCGUCUCAAGAAGCCGGGAGCCGUAGGUAGGACAGGAGUUACGGGACCUGAUGGAGGUAUGACUUGGCAUGAGGAUGUCGAAGCCAGCUGCGCUACCGGGCCACGUAGGCCGCGUCCAGGGAACCGGAACCAGGAAGGCUGGGCAGGCAAGGCAGCUCGGCUCGGCGUUGCUCGUUCGAAUGCUGGGACCUUGCUUGGUACAUGAAGCACGAGGCUCGAGGCUCGAGGCGUGAGCGUUGCACUGAGGAGAGAUCCGGAAGCGCGGGCCCUUCGUCUGUCACGAGGAUCCGAGCAGUCUGAGUCUGAUCCGACGCGGUUGUCGCAGGAGGUCGAGCAAUUCUUCGGCGGAAUUCAGGUCGCGAAUUCGAAGGAAGAAAAAGGAUUUCCCGGUGUAGAUGUUGGUGUACUCGCAGGGUUUAGGUUUUGGGAACCGCAUUGGGCUCGAGGAUGGCUUCCACCGUGAGUGAACCGUUUGCAAGUUUGGGUGGGUGGAGUGGCUUGAAACGGCCCUUCCAUCAACCCGGAUUUGCAUGUCCUACGUAGCUGAACGCGUGCACAGUGGUCAUAAUCCAGCUUCAUCUUGGUGGGAGAAUGUGAUGUAGAUGGAUCAGUUUGAUAGAAAGCUUGGUGAGAGCCGAAUCCGCUCUGGAAGAAACUUAUAGGUGAAUUUUCGGGAAGGCCGAAAUGACUAGUGUUGUGAGGUCGGAGGAUGUUGUUGGAGUUGGGCCCAGUAGUGUUGAGCUGCAAGGAAGGAAUCAAGACGCCGAUUAUGUACGGCUGGGUCAUGAGGAUGAUGAUUUGGAAAUGGAGGAAUUUGACUUGUUGGUGCCAGAGGACAAUAGGUUUUGGAGCAGAAGAUGGUGGUGGUGGUUUAAAGUCGUGAGCAUCGGACUUAUUAUCGUUGGAGGUGGUGCUGCUUUUGCUUUUUGGGGUAUCCCGUUUCUUCUUGACAAGGUCAUCAUUCCGAUGAUGGUGUGGGAAGCCACAAAGUUCAGCAAACCAGUGUUGGCGAUUGUUCUCGUUCUUUCCCUCGCUUUUUUUCCAAUUUUCAUUCUUCCAUCUGGGCCAUCUAUGUGGUUGACAGGGAUGAUCUUUGGGUAUGGGUAUGGAUUUUUGAUCAUCAUGGCUGGGACUUUUUUUGGCCAAACGCUGCCUUACUUUAUCGGGCGAUGGCUGUUGCAUGACAAAAUACAAAUGUUUCUAAGUAGAUGGCCCAAAAAGGCUGCGGUUUUGCGAGUAGCAGAGCAAGGUAGUUGGUUCUCACAAUUCCGCGUGAUCGCCAUACUCCGAGUCUCGCCGUUCCCUUAUCCAUGGUUCAACUAUGCCAUCACUGGAACAAACAUUACAUAUGCCCCUUACAUUUCAGGCUCCAUGGCAGGAAUGGUCCCAGAGGCGUUCAUUACAAUCUACAGUGGAAGGUUGCUGAAGACACUGGCUGAUCUCAAACAUAGAGAUCGGCCUCUAACUUGGCCUGAAGUUAUAUACUACAUGGUGGGUUUUAUCAUAGCCACCACGACUGCGGUGACAAUCACGAUUUACGGCCGAAGAGCUUUACAAGAUUUGGAAAUACAAGAAGCUGCCGAAAGGGAAGCGGCAGAACGACAAAUGCCUUUGGAGGAUGUUGUGGCUGAUCGAGAAGAAAGUGGACUAAGGACAACAAAGAGGUCAUGGAGCGGUGAACUGGUUUCUGAGUCUUCAGUUCGACAAAAGAUAGAAAGGUCAUUGUCUUUCGACGAUAGACGAUAGACGUUUUUAGGGAUGUCUUUCCAUUUAUUGCGAGUACCACAUUGAGAGAAAAUUGCUUCUCUGAGCAGAUUUGCAUAUGCGACUAAUUCCAGCACACGGGGCAAUUUACAUUUAGGCACUACCCUUAAUACAUGAGAUUAUUAUCAAUUAGAAUUGGGUAGUCAAGAACUUACACUUAUUAUAGCUUCUGGGUGGUUCAGCUAGAAAGAGGGCCAGGGUUAGGCCCGUAAUAAAAAGUAAAUUUUUUUCAUGAACGUUAUGGUUUUCAAAAUUUGGUAGAGAAGUCUGCUUUUAACUUCAUUUGUGGUGAACUAUCUGA